CGUUGGGUCGUUUCAGUAUUCUCUUCCUUGUUGGCGGAAAGUUUAGCCGGCAACAUGGCGGCAGUUCAUGCACUGCUGUUUGGGGGUAUACUCCUCGCCCUUUUGGGGGGUCUCUCUGAUGGACAGAAGAAAAAGGAGAUGGUGUUAUCGGAGAAAGUUGGACAGCUCAUGGACUGGGCCAGUAAGAGACCCGUUAUUCGAAUGAAUGGUGACAAAUUCCGUCGUCUUGUUAAGGCUCCCCCAAGGAAUUAUUCUGUCGUCGUUAUGUUUACCGCUCUUCAGUCACACAGACAAUGUGUUGUAUGCAAGCAGGCUGAUGAAGAAUACCAGAUAUUGGCCAACUCCUGGCGUUAUUCAACUGCCUUUACAAAUAGGAUUUUCUUUGCUAUGGUGGAUUUUGAUGAAGGAUCCGAUGUAUUUCAAAUGCUAAAUAUGAAUUCGGCUCCGACCUUCAUUCACUUCCCUCCCAAGGGGAAGCCCAAGAAAGGUGACACAUACGAGCUGCAGGUCCGGGGGUUUGCAGCGGAGCAGCUUGCACGCUGGAUUUCGGACAGGACAGAUGUCCAUAUACGAGUUUUAAGGCCUCCUAAUUAUGCAGGCCCAUUGAUGCUGGGCUUGCUGUUGGCUGUGAUUGGUGGCCUUGUGUACUUGAGAAGAAGCAAUCUUGACUUCCUGUAUAACAAAACUGGAUGGGCAUUGGCUGCCUUGUGUUUCGUAUUGGCAAUGACAUCAGGGCAGAUGUGGAAUCAUAUCAGAGGACCUCCUUACGCACACAAGAACCCACAUACAGGCCAAGUGAAUUACAUUCAUGGAAGCAGUCAAGCUCAGUUUGUGGCUGAAACACACAUUGUGCUUUUGUUCAAUGGUGGCGUGACUCUGGGGAUGGUUCUUCUACAUGAAGCUGCCACUUGUGAUAUGGAUGUAGGAAAGAGGAAGAUGAUGUGUAUAGCUGGGAUAGGGCUUGUGGUUCUGUUCUUCAGCUGGCUGCUAUCAGUCUUCAGAUCAAAAUACCAUGGUUACCCAUACAGUUUUCUCAUGAGUUAAAAGAAAAAUUGAAGAACCAAGUCAACGUCAGGCUUGUUCUAAGAAAAUGCAAAGUUUGAACGGUUCAUGUAAUCUCUUCUAUAACCUCUGCUGUUGAAGGUUCUAGACCACUUUAUACUAAGGUGAGGAUGAGAACUCCUCCAGCUGCAAAACAUUUUUUUCCUGAAUGAGAUUUUCUUUUUGUGGGUGAACCAAAGAAAUCAUGCAGUGCCUUAGUAAAAUGCAGUAAAUAUUCUUUUUUUUUUUUUUUUUUGACCUCCUUCAAAGUGUCAAGUCGCUUUUACGUUUUUGACAAGUCUGUACUUUAAAAUGGUGAUUAUAAUGUAGUAGUUACAUUUUGUGUUUCUCUUGUAAGGUUAUGUUCAUUAAUUAAUGCUUGUAGGACAUUGUUAAUCUUGACACGCAUGUGAAAAUUUUUCUUUC